AUGGCUGCUACAAAUACCUUUUCGUUUGCAAAUGUUUCUCCUUCACAGUCGUUGGUAUUUAUUGUCAAUGAGCAAGCAGGCAGGUACACGAUCCAUCGCGACGCCUUGUUCCAACGCUUCCCUCUUCUCCAGGAUACGCUAGACGCUGUCCCUGAAAGAUGUGAUGUCUACCCUUGGUGGAACUACGACCCCGAACCAAAGGGUUCUAGGGCAAAUAUAACCGAAAAAAUGUUCCAAGUCUUCUUCCAGUACACGUAUGCUGGUACCUAUGACGCUCCUCAGCCUGUGCAGUCGAAUGUGAGAAUUUUAAAAAAAAUCCGUCGGGAGUUUCUGCGUGAGAGCUUUAUCUCCAAGUACGCUACAUUUAACGAGGCUGUCCACGUUGUUCCUCAUGGAUGUCCGCCAAGUGACGAUGGCACUGCCGACUUUGGCGAAGUCUUUAAGUGGCACGUCGACAUUAAUGCAUUUGCAAGUACAUUCGAUUCGGGUAACCUUCGCCAGGUAGCGAAAUACAAGCUUGCUCUGACGCUCAUGGCCGUCCGUCCGAGUACGGAGAGUGUCAUGGACCUCGUCCAAUACGUCUAUCACAACGUUUUCUGCGCCGAUUGCGAGUUGUUAGUAUCUCACUAUGUUGCUUGCCGCUUGGAUGAGUUUCUGAAGAACGAGGACUUUGUGGAGUCUCUUCGAGACAACUCAGAAGUCAUGUUGGACGUUAUUGAACUAUUAUACAACUAG